UGGCGCUGUAGGUAGCGCUUCACAUGUGGCAGUAGUGACGAAGAACUUGUCGGAUGACACCAUGGAUAAGAAAUGACAAGUAUUUCUAACGAGCGUAUUAAUGGGUCAGAAUAAGCUUCACGAUGUCAGGUUUAUUAGCGAGGGUUUUAUUUUACCCCACACUGGCUUACAAUGUGGUAAUGGAGAAAAUCUCAUCUCGGCGAUGGUUUGAUCGCGUGGACCAGACUGUCAUUCUCGGGGCUCUUCCAUUCAAAUCCAUGACCGAGGAGCUGGUUCAAGCAGAAAAUGUUCGAGGGGUGAUCACUAUGAAUGAAGAAUAUGAAACAAAGUUGUUCUGUAAUUCCAUAGAGGAGUGGCAAGCAGAAGGUGUCGAGCAGAUCAGACUCAGCACAGUGGAUCUGACAGGAGUUCCCAGUCUGGAAAACAUUCACAGAGGAGUUGAUUUUGUUCUGAAACACCGUGAUCAAGGCACCAGUGUCUACAUCCACUGCAAAGCAGGACGUUCUCGCAGUGCUACACUGGCUGCUGCCUACCUCAUCAGGAUCCACUGCUGGAGCCCAGACAAGGCCUGUAACAUGUUAGCAGCUGUCCGGCCGCACGUACUGAUCCGAUCUGCUCAGCGAGACAUGCUGGACAAGUAUCACCAGCAAGUGUGUGGACCAGAUUCAUAAUGUGUUUUAUACAGAUAUGUGUGUGCCUGUGGUCUAGCUGGUGGUUUGUUUGCAAUCAGCAUGUAUGUUGUCUGGUUUAAGCAGCUUUUUUCUUCCUGAAAUGAUGUUCAUUUACACACAUACAAUAUGUAUAUAUGUGACUGUCCACAUCAAUUCAAAAAAGGAAAGAUUACUGUGCAAUGUCUCUUUUUUCUUUGUACUUGUAUGUUACAUGUCAAAACAAUUAAAGAUUUUAGAAGUUG